AAACAAAAACAGCAGCUGCGUUUUCCGUAACAUGUGGAUUUGCGGGAGGUCGUUCGCGUUUUCCUUCUAAAAUUUAGUUGACAUUUGGAUAGGACGAUUGCAAACCGUUUGUCCGGCAGACUCCGCUUAGUUCACAGUUCGGCCGAUUCGGCUUGCAAACGUUCAGAACGGAAAUCGACUUGUUGAUGAUUUUCCGUCCCUACGGCAACGGAGGGUUUGGAGGAAAAACAAAGUUUUCGGUAUCGCAGCUGCGAACAAAGACACAGAUUCGAUUCCUCCGUGAAGUGAAUAUAAUUGCGCGGUCGGUGGCCGAAUAAGAAAAGUAGUUUUCAUAUUUUGCGUUGUAGACAGGAAGCCGGAAAAUUCACUGGUUUUCUUCGGGGAAUUCUUAUGUGUGGGCCCAGCUCUUGUCUUCGAUCCGCUCCGGUUUGAGAAAAUCGAAAUUCGUUAUCAAGGUCAAGUACUUGAAGGAGACGAGCCUGAGGUGAGAGUUUGUCGGAAAUAUUGACCGGUUCCAUUCGCUGCUUUUUACGCAUUGAGCCAUUUGUGUCGCUUGAGGUUGCUAUAAAUAGGACUUACAAGCGCGAACGAUGACCGACACCCAGCCUAAGGCGGAGGACACAAAGGCUAAGGGAACAAAGCAUGCCUCGACGUCAAGAUCUCAGUCCGAUGUGCAGCGUCCCAGUUGGCUUUCGUCCCUGUACAGCGUUCUAUUCAUCAUUACAUGGCUCCUAGUGGGAUUCGCUGCAUUCCGGAACACUCUCACAUGGCAUCUUCAACGGUUCUGGGGUGCAUCCGGAGACUUCUGGCAAUCGCAAUGGGAUAAAUUCUUGGAUAUAACAGGCGAAGACCCACAUUUCCUUUGGGUCGUGGGCUCAACAAUUUUCACGAUCCUAGUCUACUGGAUAUUUGGAGGAAUUUAUACAUUCAUGGAUGUAACAAACAAACCAGCUGUCCUGCGAAAAUAUAAAAUUCAGCCAGGCACCAAUGAGCCUGUGGAAAAUGCGCGUCUAAUGAAGGUGAUCAAAACCGUUAUUUUCAAUCAGUUGGUAGUUGGGAUUCCUUUCGCAUACAUUAGCUACAAAGCAAUGCUCCUUCGUGGAUUUGCCCCGAUACGUGAACUACCGACAUUUCAUUGGGUGUGCUUUGAACUAGCUGUUUUCAUUCUAUUGGAGGAGACUGGAUUUUACUACUCACAUCGACUUCUACAUAAUAAGUACCUUUACAAAUAUAUACACAAGCAACAUCACGAAUGGACUGCCCCGAUAGCAGUUACAGCUAUCUAUUGCCAUCCAAUCGAGCAUAUAUUUAGUAACAUUCUGCCGCCGUUUUUGGGCGUAUUCAUAAUGGGUAGUCAUGUUGCGACCGCUUGGCUGUGGUUUGCGCUGGCUAUCUUGUCGACACUGAAUGCACAUUCCGGUUACCAUUUACCAUUCUUCCCAAGCCCGGAAGCCCAUGACUUUCAUCAUUUAAAAUUCAACUAUUGCUUUGGAGUCUUGGGAGUCCUAGAUCGCCUACACGGAACUGAUUCAAUGUUCCGCUCAACGAAGGCCUACACAAGACACAUUAUGAUGUUAAGUUUCGUACCACCCCGUGAGGCGUUUCCCGACCCACAGAAGAAAACUCUUUAACUGCUAUUUACUUUCUCGAAAAUUUUAAGAGAUAGCACCGAUACAACACAUUUUUCUAGAACUAACAAUCACAUAAUCGCAUCCAAAAAUUUUUAAAGCAAUCAAUGGGCUCGUGCAAUCUACUGUUGGAAUCAGAGGAUAUACUUUCUGGUGUAUUUAUACAAACGUUUCAUCCGUUUUAUAAGUACACGUGUCACAAGACGAGAAAUUCUGUUUUCUAAUGAAAGAGAAUACAGAAGAACAGGAAAAUUGAAGUUUGAGUGGGAAACUGAAUAAUCUUCAGGACAUGGAAGGAUUAUAUUAUAUAUGAAUGCUAUUAUCAUCGCAUGUCAUUGAGAUAUAUUAAUUUAGUUCAGUUUGUAACUUCUGAUGAAAUAAAUUUUAUUGAAUAAUACAAA